AGCAAAGUGGAUAGCCUCACCGUUGGUGCGCGUGGCAUCGUGGGCUUGUCGCAGAGGAUUAUGGAAUUGCUGUAUUUGCUGCUUUGCCGCUCCGAAGCCUUCUUGCCCACGACUCAUACGAUGCAUGAGCUCAUAUAUGAACUCGUCCGAUACACGCCGGCCUUGACGAAGCAUAGGGACAUGACAGCGUCAUUGACUCUCCAACCUUCCAAGCGGUCAUCGACACUGGUAGAUGCCAAUCGUUCGGCACGAAUCACUGACGCUGUCUUGGCUGUGGCCGAACAUUACCAGAGCUUGAUUGCCCAAGCCGGGGUCAGCAGUGCCGAGGCGGCUAUGGCGGUUGUGGCGAAGAACAUCGAGCAGGACGGAGUGUACGGUCUGCCAAGUCCCGACGGCGUCCUGGACUGCAGAGACGAUACGGAGGAACUGACUGGGUUCCGCUAUCUGUAUUCUGAUGUUCUGGCCCUGAUGCCUUGAUUUCUCCGUUGGGCGUAAAUA